GCCAAAGAGGCUCAAGACCGCAAGGACGCGGCGCUGCGACAGGCCGUUACCGGUGCCAAGCCCAUCGCAAAUGAUGCGGGCCUCGCCGUCCAGCGGAUGAGGGCGCUGGCGGAAAAGCGGAGGUUUCACAAGCUGAAAGCUGCGCAGGAGCGCGCACUUGCUUUGGCCCGUGACUGGGACGAACACAUCAGGGAGGCGGAGCAGGGGAGUCAGGAGCUCGAUGCAGUGUCCAGGCAACUGCAGGUGAAGCAGCUGCUCCAUCAGAAUGCUGAUCCGAAUGCUCCGGACCGGUUCGGCUACACGGCCCUCAUCUACGCCGCAUAUGAAGGACACCAGGGGGUCAUCGAACCCUUGCUGAGUGCCGGAGCGCAGCUGGAGGCCCGUAAUGAGUUUGGUCACACAGCCCUCAUCCAUUCUGCAACGAGAGGCCACCUGAAUGUGGUCGAGGCAUUGCUCAAAGCUGGAGCCCAGAUGGAGGCCCGCAGCGAGUUCGGCAGCACAGCCCUCAUGGAGGCUGCAAACCACGGCCACCUGCAGGUGGUCGAGGCCUUGCUGAAGGCUGGAGCCCAGCUGGAGGCCCGAAAUGGGCAUGGCAACACAGCCCUUAUCCAGGCUGCGCGCUACGGCCACCUGCAGGUGGUCGAGGCCUUGCUGAAGGCUGGAGCCCAGCUGGAGGCCCGAAAUGGGCAUGGCGACACAGCCCUUAUCCAGGCUGCGCGCUACGGCCACCUGCAGGUGGUCGAGGCGUUGCUCAAAGCUGGAGCCCAGCACGACUUCGCUAACACGCAGGGCAGCACAGCGCUUAUUACAGCUGCUUGGAAUGGUCACCUGAAUGUGGCCCAGGCGCUGCUGAAGGCCGGAGCCGAGCUGGACGCCGCCGAUCCGCUUGGUCAGACAGCCCUCAUGUCUGCCUCACGGAAAGGCAACCUGAGCAUGGUCGAGGCGUUGCUGAAGGCGUCAGCCCAGCUGGAGGCCCGUGGUGUGGAUGGCUUCACGGCCCUCAAAUGGGCAGAAGUUACCGGCCACUUGAACGUAGUUGAGGCAUUGCAGAGGGCUGGAGCCCAAUCGGAGGCCAGCGAUGAGGAUAAGACGACAGCCCAAAACCAGGCACAACAACAAGGGCCACCCGCAGAUGGAUCAGAUGGACAGCAUCCAGGGCCGUUGUAG